AGGUUGUCUGAGGCAGAACAGAACAGUGGAAGUGGCGAUGGAGCAAGACUUAGAUCCUUCCCUGCCUUCUUCUCGCCAUUUACUUUCUUCAAUCCUAGCUAUGGAACCUUCUCACUGUGUAAUCUCCCAUGCCAGGGCUUGUGGCGGAGGCUCAAUCACGGGACAAGUUCAACAAUUCAUCUGGGACCAUUGCCUUUCCGCUCCUGGUGAUUUUCAUGCUCCCUACCUGAAGAAUUUUCUCAAGAAACUUAUUAGUCAAGUUGAGUCAGACCGUGGCUACGUGUUGGACAAUUUGUACGAACUUUAUGCUCACUACAUGACAUCGUUUAAGGAUGAUAGUUUGGCGAAGAGAGAUGCAAGAAUCUGCAAAAGAAUUUCAUUUCUUUUUCCCGAGGGUUGUUCUGAACUACUAAGUUGUCCACACUCGAGGGCAGUGGUUUUUUCGUUGCAGUGUUCUCUAAACAUGCUUGAAGGUGAUACUGGGUGCUCAAUAUGGCCAUCAAGUCUGUUUUUGUCCGAGUUAAUACUUUCUCAUCCAGAAUUAUUUUCUAAUAAAUCAUGCUUUGAGAUUGGUUCAGGAGUUGGCUUAGUUGGAUUAUGUCUAGCUCAUGUGAAAGCUUCCCAGGUGAUAUUAAGUGACGGUGACCUAUCAACUUUAGCUAACAUGAAGUUUAAUUUGGAGUUGAACAACCUCAACGUUGAGGCUAAUAUGACAGAAGGAAACAAAGAUCCAAAUAUGGUAAAAUGCUUGUAUCUGCCCUGGGAAUCUGCAUCAGAAAGUCAACUCCAAGAAAUUAUGCCAGAUGUCGUUUUGGGUGCAGAUGUGAUAUAUGAUCCAGCUUGUUUACCACAUCUUGUUCGAGUACUUGCCAUUCUUUUAAAUCAGAUGAAUUCCAGUGUCUGCAGACAGCAUUCAAGUUGCAAGAACCUCUCUCCAAACAUUAAACUUGGAAAUGGUGAACCAAAUCAUGAAAAUGAUAUUGAAAUAUGUGAUGGUAGAUGCAAAGCAGUAUAUAAUGAUGGUAGUAGUAGCAUGUCAAAGGAAGCACCGGUGGCUUAUAUUGCAUAUGUUAUCAGGAACAUUGAAACUUUCAACUAUUUUCUGAGCUUAGGGACACAGGCUAACCUUGAUAUUGUGGAUCUUACUGAUUCAUUGAAGCCAUUAAAUCUCCUCUGCUUCAUGCAAUCAUACAAUCAAGCCAGUGUAAGACUGUUACGUAUCACUUCCAGUAAUAUACAGUAACCAUUAUUUGACUUUCA